AUGGUAAAAAUUGAUGCCGGUAUUAAAAAGCAAAGUUAUCGUCAACCACCACAAAAAAACACCACAGGCUUCUGGACCUCUUCUCAAACAAAUAAUGAGUUAUAUUAUUCGCCCCUACACAAUGCCAUUUGGGCUGGAAAAUUAUAUGAAGCUCGUCAAUAUUUAGAAGAAGGAGCAAAUGUUUGUAAGACUGCUAGAAACAACAAAACUCCUCUUAUGGUAGCCGUUGAAAAGGGCAGCCUCGAAGCAAUCAAACUUUUAUUCGAAUUUGGGGCCGAUGUUACAAUGCAAAUUGCAUUUUUAGAGGCCAUUACCUUGGGCAAAAUCGACAUAAUUAAUUUUUUUAUAUCAAAUAAAGUUCUCAUUAAUUGCACUUAUCGGGAAAGAACCACACCCCUAAUAGAAGCUAUACGGGUGGGCAAUUUUGAUGUGGUGAAAAUUUUAAUUGAAAAUGGGGCCGAUGUUAAUUUUACAACAGAUGAAGGCAAGUAUCCGCUGUUUGAAGCCUUGAAACUUAACAACUGCGAAAUUACGAAAUAUUUAAUAAGUAAAGGAGCGAAAAUGCAGGCGAAAUGGUUAAAACAUUUCACUUCCCAAAUUGUGAAAAAUUUAACUACAAUGGAAAUUGAACUAAAAAGUAUUUUGCUGGGCGAUUUUGUUCAUAAUACUAUAGUAAAAGCUGUGGAAACUAAAAGUGCCCUUGUUGUUAAAUACCUUUUGGAACAAGGAGUUCCGAUUGAUUUGUGUGAUAAAAAUGAAAAAAGUCCACUUGCGGUAGCUGCAAACGAAGGCUAUUUCCGCAUUGUUAAAAUUUUGGUUGAUGCUGGUGCUGAUAUUUUGUCAGCCCAAAAAGAAUUGCAAGAAUUUGCCAAACAAAAUGAGGACUUUUAUAUUUAUUAUCAAGUUUUGAAGCAAAAAUGUAAAACUAUACCAACUCCUGAAGAUUCUGUCAACGAAUCUUCCCAAACCGAAGAUUAAACAAUCAUAUCUACACAUGUUUUUGUACCUAGCA